GUGAUGAAGAUGAUGGGCAUGAGUAAUGCGGUGCACUGGCUUGCCUGGGCUAUCACAUCAUUUACACAGAUGUCAAUCACCAUGGUGAUACUGACGGUGAUGCUGCGACUGGGCAACGUUCUUGCCUAUAGUAACCCCGUGAUCAUAUUCAUGAUGUUAGAGAUAUUCGGCCUCGCUACCAUAUCAUUCUCGUUUUUAAUAAGCGUGCUAUAUUCGAAGGCUAAACUAGCAGCAGCUUGCGCUGGCAUCAUAUACUUUCUGUCGUACGUUCCCUGCAUGUACAUCGCCAUCAGAGAGGAAUCGGCUCACAUGAAAAUGUCCACCACCGUUAAGCGCAUUGCUUCUCUGAUGUCAACGUCUGCAUUUGGACUCGGUGCCAAGUACUUUGCGUUCUAUGAGGAGGGAGGCAGUGGCGUGCAGUGGUCGAACUUCGAUAAAUCGCCCGUAGAAGACGACGAUUUUACGCUGUAUGAGGUGACGAUUAUGAUGAUCGUCGACACGGUGCUGUACAUCGUGCUGAUGUGGUACAUAGAGAACAUCCACCCAGGCUCCUAUGGACUACCAAAGCCAUGGUAUUUUCCAUUAACAAAGUCUUACUGGCUCGGUGCAUCUAAAACAGAUCUGGAGUUUUGCAGCAUUUGUCCUGACAACGCACCAAUAACUCUGAUGGAGGAGGACCAGGCUCAUGUGCUCGAUGGGGAUCGUGACCCCAGGCUGUUUGAGGAAGAGACCUCUCACCUUCCUCUCGGUGUCUGCAUAGACAACCUGCUCAAGGUUUACAGUGAUGGAAAUAAAUUAGCAGUGAACAGACUGAGUCUAAAUCUAUAUGAAGGUCAGAUCACUUCUUUUCUUGGACACAACGGUGCUGGCAAGACAACCACAAUGUCCAUCCUGACAGGUCUCUUUCCACCAACAUCUGGCACAGCGACCAUCUACGGCCACGAUAUCCGUGCAGAGAUGGAUGAGAUUCGGCAGUCACUGGGCAUGUGUCCUCAGCACAACGUGCUGUUCCACAAACUCACUGUAGAGGAACACCUGUGGUUCUAUGCCAUGCUAAAGGGAGGAACCCACAAGAACAUCAAGGAGGAAAUUGACCAGUUGAUAGAGGACGUAGGACUACCUAACAAGCGCAACAGCUGCGUCGACUAUCUGUCCGGCGGCAUGAAGCGAAAGCUGUCGGUCGCGAUCGCGUUUGUUGGCGGAGCGAAGACGAUCAUACUGGAUGAGCCAACAGCUGGCGUCGACCCGUUCGCUCGUCGUGCCAUCUGGGAUCUGCUGAUCAAGUACAAGAAAGGGCGCACAGUCCUGCUGUCGACGCAUCACAUGGAUGAGGCAGACAUACUAGGAGACCGCAUUGCCAUCAUAUCUAAUGGUCAGCUGAAGUGCUGCGGCUCUUCACUGUUCCUCAAGUCUGUGCUGGGAGAGGGCUACCACCUUACAGUAGUGAAGAUGCCUGACAGUAGCAGUGACAGUGAUGAUCCAUGCAUUCUCAACUCAUCACGAGGUUCCAUGCAACCAUUCAGUACCCUGUGCGAGCAAAGCCAGGUCACCGACUUCAUCACCAGCCACGUUGAGACGGCAUACCUAGAAUCUGAGAGCAACCACGAGCUGCACUACAUCCUUCCUACGGAUGAGAUAAGGAGUGGAGGCUUUGUGUCUCUGUUCAGGGCACUGGAGCGCAGCCUUGAUCAACUCCACAUCUCCAGCUAUGGCCUGAAGGACUCCACACUGGAAGAGGUCUUCCUCAACAUAGCUCAGGCUGCUGGCAUCAACAAUGAAGAUGGCGAGAUUGCUGGUAGACAUGACAAUGCCUCGCCAGCUCACACUGUCGGCGGCCCACAUGAUCUAGAGCUAGGCAGCCUAGCAGAAAACAAUGUACCACAGCCCUUGAUUGGCUCGCACUCAUUCGUGAAUAACAGUAGUGACAGCAACAGCAAUACUGACUACUCGACAGCUGGACUGGUCAACACUGACCGUCUGGAGAGAGGGCGUUAUCCAAUGACAAGGAACUGGCGCCACGCGCGACACUUCUGGACCAUUCUAGUCAAGCGCAUGCACUACACUCGCCGAAACUGGAAGGGCGUGUGCACACAGGUGUUACUGCCGGCAUUCUUUGUCUGCAUUGCUAUGACCGUGGCUCUGACAGCACCUGGCAUGGGUGAGGAUUUGCCAAUGAUGGUGCUCAGCCCUCCUGACCAGUACUUCAAUGUCACGCAGCCCCAUGGCAAUGCUAUACCAUUUACUGAUGAGAUGCAAGAGCCACCUGAAUGUUGGCCACAAUGGUCUCAGGAUGCUAACCCACAGCAGCUAGUCGCCACACUCUAUCUACCAUCAGGCGUGGGUGCCACGUGUGUGCUAAAGGAUCCCUUCAACAACACAGAUUUUCACAACAUGUCGGCAAACAACUUCUAUCUACUAGCAGAGUAUUUUACAGCAUCAUGCAUGAGUGUGUUUGUGAAAGGUGUGCCUCUAGAAAAUUUCGUACCGCCACCACCGACUGCAGCACCAUUACAGCAAAGCUCUGACGUCAACUACACAACACUGCCACCUGCGACAGAGAGAAGCGAUCAUCCUAGGAUGUACCCCCUGUGUUACUGUGCUCCUGAUAAGACUGGCUUCAUCUGUCCGCCGGGCGGCUACACUGACCCACCGCAGAAGCAGGCCAUCACAGGUGACAUGUUGAUCGACAUCACUGGUCAGAACUCAUCCGAAUACUUCCUGUACACUACCGACAAGUUCAGACUACGAAGGUACGGUGGCUUAUCGUUUGGUAAUGUGGUAGACUAUGUGCCAGAGUGGUUUGGCCAAAAUGCGAAGCCUUUGUUCCGCAAGAUUGCCGUACGAAAUGUUGCAAAGGCAUGGUACAACCAUCAGGGAUAUCACUCGAUACCAACAUACCUUAAUACUCUGAAUAAUGCGAUAUUGAGGGCUAACCUGCCUGCAAGCAAAGGCAACCCAGCAGCUUAUGGAAUCACAGUGAUAAAUCACCCCAUGGCAGGAACUAAUGAUCUUCUAUCGUUUGAUUACCUGCUGCAGGGAACUGACGUGCUGAUCGCGAUCUUCGUGGUGAUAGCGAUGUCGUUCGUUCCGGCCAGCUUCGUGCUGUUCCUCGUUUACGAGCGCAGCAUGAAGGCCAAGCACCUACACAUGAUGUGCGGAGUCUCUCCGAUCACCUACUGGCUUGCCAACUUCCUCUGGGACAUGUGCAAUUCACUCAUCCCCAGCAUCAUUUGCAUCAGCAUUUUCCGGUUGUUCAACGUUCCAGCGUAUGCGUCCGAAAUGAACUUUCCAGCUGUUGUCGCUCUCUUUCUCAUGUAUGGGUGUGCAAUCACUCCCAUCAUGUAUCCGGCGUCGUUCUUCUUCACGGAGCCGAGCAUGGCCUACAUCUGUCUCAUCGUAGGCAACCUCUUUGUUGGCAUCACCUGCAUCCUCACUAGCUUCAUUCUGGAGAUGUUCACCUUUGGCAAUGGAACGUCUGAUUAUGAAUACUUCAAGACAAUCCACGAGACAUUGAAGACUGUGUUUCUGAUUUUCCCCAACUAUGCACUCGGGCGAACUCUGAUGGACAUUGCCUUUAAUGAAUACUACAACCAGUAUUUUGCUCGUACAGACCAGUAUGACAAGAUUGUUUCGCCAUUAUCCUGGCAAUUGGUACCUCGCAGUAUGGUUGCCAUGGCAACGAUGGGGCUCAUCUUCCUAGUCAUCACGUUGUUUGCUGAGUACAAGUUUUGCUACAAGUCGAAGAGGCUGGCAGUAAGCAGCACAGAAGUGGAAGAUGAGGAUGCUGACGUGGCAGCAGAGAGGAAGCGUGUGCUGCAGGGAGCAGCAGACUUUGUGCGUGUGGAGAACCUCACUAAGGAAUACUCCACACACAAGCUAGGCAAGCUGCUAGCUGUUGAUAAACUCUGCUUCGGUGUGCCACAAGGAGAGUGCUUUGGGCUUCUUGGAGUGAAUGGUGCGGGUAAGACAACUACCUUUAAAAUGUUGACAGGAGAUACAUCAAUAACAGGAGGCGAUGCAUUCCUUAAUAACAAAAGCAUCAUGACAGAUGCACGGCUGGUGCAGCAGAGUACUGGGUACUGCCCACAGUUCGACGCUCUCUACGAUGAGCUUACCCCUAGGGAACAUCUCACACUGUACGCACGGUUUCGUGGUGUUCCCUUCCACUACGAGAAACAGAUGGUUGAUUGGUCACUAAGGAAACUUGCUCUAACGCUGUAUGCAGACAAGACAUCAGGAACUCUAAGUGGGGGAAAUAGGCGAAAGCUUUCCACAGCUAUUGCUCUUGCGGGCAAUCCUGUCGUGUUAUUUCUGGAUGAACCAACCACUGGUAUGGAUCCACAUUCCAGAAGAUUUCUUUGGGAUCUCAUACGGGGUUUGAUCAAGGAGGGUUGCUCGGUUAUUCUGACAUCACACAGCAUGGAGGAGUGUGAGGCGCUCUGCACUAGGUUGGCCGUCAUGGUCAAUGGCAAGAUGAAGUGUCUAGGCUCCACACAGCACUUAAAAAACAGGUUUGGUGAUGGGUACACAAUACAAGUAAGAGCCAAGGGUUCGCAGCCAAACCUAGAUCCUAUCAUAAGACAUCUCGCACACCAUGUGCCGAAGGCAACUUUGGAGGAGCGACAUCACAACACGCUGCAGUAUGAAAUGAAGCCAGACCACAUCUCACUGGCUAGCAUAUUCACGGCGAUGGAGAACCUUCCGGCAUCUCUCAACAUCGAGGAUUACUCUGUCUCACAGAAAACCCUCGACAACGUGUUCAUAAAGUUUGUGAAGCAGCAGACAGAGUUUAGUAACUUAGGUAACAGCAGUACAGGCCUAAACUUGGAUAGUGACUCUGAUGAUUCACUUCUAGAUCUACACAGCAGUCAAGACUCGCAACUUAGACUGGCCUUCAUGGAAACACCGGAUUGUUAACCAGCAUCCACACGUUGUUAGCACAGAUACAACGACUACGCAAGAACCUUCGCUAUUGAUAGUCAUGACUCACCAUUCUUCUGUACCUGUGCAGGGUUUAAGCUGUUGUUCACUAUGGGUUGUGUUUGAGUUUGGCGAAAAAUUGUCGUCAUAAAUUCGCCAAAAUGCUAAAGCGUAAUUCGUGGGCCACUCGAAUUCCACCCGAGAUCACUACUUGCUAACCCGAAGCAUGAGGUACACUGUGUGUGGUCAUUGUUUACUCGGUACCGAAACCUUUCCGUUAAAGACCAAAGAUUAUCAAAGUGGCCAUCGAUACACACGACUAUAUAUAGUUAGUAGAAUUUGAUUAAACAUUUUCAGAAUAAAUUGGCCAAAUUGCUAACAAUUUUUUUGGUCCAGCUUAAACCCUGCCUGUGGUCUUGUAUUUAUUUUUUGUCUGUUGCAUGAUGAUGUUUAUGACCCAUGCAUCGCAGUUACUAUGCAUAUUCAUUCAUUCCAGUUUGACUGCACAUGACGUGUUGAUUCAUACAAUGCCCUAGUCAGGCUUCUGGUCAAUAGGUUCAAUCAUAGUUCGAAUUGUGUGGUGGGGGAACAGUUGAUUGAUGAACCAGUAGUAUACUUCAUCUACCUGUGGAUUUUAUAACUUACAUGCUAUCGUGUUUUGUCAAUGGAAGCAAAUCACAUGUCCCUGUUUCUUAUACACAUACAGAUGAGAUUUGCUGGUGUUUAGUGCAAAGUAUCCAAUAUUAGGAACUAUAUUUACAGAUAAAUCACAUAUUUUCCACUUCUAGAUUAGAUCGAUAGAGUCAUGUUAUUGGAGAUCUUCAGUAUUGGGAGAGGAGAAGUCUAGAUGAUGUCAGUGUUUUAUCUGUAGAAGCACAAACAUUAGUUUUACAUAUUGUCAACUAAGAAGCUGUUUUUCAAUUACUGGGCUGGGUAUGUCGCCAUGACUUGGUAUGUCAUUAAUUGCAAAGAAAACGAUGCAUUUCAAAUUAAACCGGCGAUACAGUAAUAACACCGCACUAUGUAAAUAAUGCAUUUUUUUAAAUCUAUAUCAUGAAUCACA